UUCGUUGAUUGUGUCCUCUCGAGCUCUCAAGAAAAGGUGGAGAGAAGCUACGAUCAUCAUGUCUGUAGAACUCAAACUUUCACGCCCCAAUCGCGUUUAUCGACCAUCUGAACCUGUGCAAGGGAAGAUCUUAGUUACAUCUCCCUCUCCAAUCGCUCACCAAGGCAUUCGAGUUUCAGUCACUGGUAAUGUCAAUUUGCAGGUUCGUGGAGGAUCGGUGGGAGUUAUCGAAUCCUUGUAUAGCAUGGUCAAACCAAUCUGCAUCAUGACUAAAACUACUGAGGUGACGACAUCAGGAAAGCUUACUUCUGGGAGAACAGAGAUUCCAUUCAGCAUAAGUUUGACUUCAUCAGGGCAAGAUGAAUCUGAAGGAUUUUUUGAGACCUUCCAUGGUGCGAAUAUUACCAUCCAGUAUCUACUUAUUGCAGAUAUAUCUAGAGGAUACCUGCAUAAAUCAUUAUGUGCUACAAUGGAAUUCAUUAUUGAGAGUGAAAAAGCUAAACUUCUAGAUGUUCCAGUUUCCAGUGAAAUGAUAAUCUUUUAUAUCACUCAAGACACUCAGAGGCACCAUUUGCUGCCAGAACUAUUAUCAGGGGGUUUUCGAGUUACUGGAAAAAUUUCCUCUCAGUGCUCCUUGUUGGAUCCGAUUUCUGGAGAUCUUACUGUGGAAGUAUCUCCUGUUCCUAUACAUUCUUUAGACAUCCAAUUACUACGUGUGGAGUCGAUUCUUGUUGGAGAAAAGUUUGUGACUGAUACCUCUGUGAUUCAAACUACACAGAUUGCAGAUGGAGAUAUCGAUCGCUGCAUGACUUUGCCAAUCUAUAUUAUAAUCCCCCGUCUUUUGGCCUGUCCUACAGUAUUGGCGGGCGGUUAUGUCUUGUGGAACUCUAUAUGCAGGCCAUUUUCCGUAGAGUUUCAGGUCUCAAUCGUUAUAAGCUUUCAGUCGGAGUUAGCAAAGCAACACCCAAGAGCUGAUCUGAGGGCUCCCAAGCCAUGGCUGGCAUCAGAGACCAUUCCCUUGAAGCUAAUUCGAACAAAGCGUGGAGAGUUGUGCAGUUAGAACAUGCUUCUUACGUUGUUGUACCUAUUCUAAGAUGAAGAAUGUGUGGUACUUUGUGGAGGAAGCAAUGCUACAACUUUUUCAUUUCUUGGUAAAGAGGAAUUUUUGUCUGAUUGUAGCUUCUCGAUCUUGCUGUGUUUGUUGUUUCUAUUAUCUACACAAUGUAGAACUGAUAGUAGCGGACUACUUAUAAAGGGUGUACGGGGGUUAGUACCAAUGUUAUUAAAUUCGGUUUUAUACCGAAAUCUCGUGUAUUUUGGGAAAUGAGACAUAAUGUUGACACAUGUCAACUAAAAGAGGUAAAAGCUUUGGUCAUGAUAUGACAGGGAUUGGACUUUGUACACCUAUGGAAUGUUGCACGGAUUGGUCCGCUCUUUGUACAAACCAUAAAUGAGGUUUGGAAGGGAAUGAGUUGGGACUCCGAUGAUA